GCAACACGCUCUCUCUCUAUCUCUUUCUCCUCGCCGGAGCUUAAUGAUGUGGAACCCCAACGGAGACGACGACGAAGACUUCCAGAUCCCUCCUUCCUCUCAGCUUUCCCUUCGGAAACCCCUUCACCCAACCAACGGUUCCAUCUCCCACCGUCCUCCCAGGAAGAAGCCCAGACUCAGCCUUAAUCCGGGAAAGGAGAAUAUCGCUCCGGCUCCUGAAUUCAGCUCCGACCCAUGCUUCGCUUCUGGGUAUUACCCACUGAGUCCGGCGCUUCCGGGCGUAUCUUCUACUCCUGAUUGUGUCCCCUCGAGUAUCGAUUGCUCGGCAGGAGAUUCCGGCGAGCCCUCUUGUUCUCUCGCGGCGGAAGUUGAAAACGACCACGUUUUAGUUGAUGGGAAGGAGAAAGGUGAUUGCUUUAAGGCGAAUCGUGAGGGGUAUUCGUGUAAUUCGAUGGAGGCUAGGCUAUCAAAGUCGAGGAUUCGUCUUAGGUUUGACGAGGAGGAGGAUGAAGGGUUUGUUGAGUCUGACUCUGAGCUUGACUUGUUGAUAAAGCUUUGCUCUGAGGGUAACAGUGGAGGAGAGUCUAAUAGUAUAGACAGAGAUGAUUUGAUUCAGUGUCCACUGUGUGAAACUGAUAUCUCAGGUUUGAGUGAGGAGCAGAGGCAUGUUCACACCAAUAACUGUCUUGACAAGGCUCCUGAGCAAGACUCUUUGACAAAAUGCGAAAAGUCUUCUUCUUCUUCUUUAAUUGAAGAAUCUGUUGAUGAUCCAGCUCAGCAUCCACAGCUAGUUAAUGGUCUCUCUCCGGUGCUUAAAUGGGUUAGGAGUCUAGGUUUAGCUAAAUAUGAAGAUGUUUUUCUUCGUGAAGAGAUUGACUGGGAUACUCUUCAGUCACUUACUGAGGAGGAUCUACUGAGCAUAGGUAUCACAUCACUUGGUCCCAGAAAGAAGAUUGUGAAUGCACUUAGCACACUAAGAGAAGAAGCCUGUGCAUCUUCAGCUGAAGCGCAGGCACAGUCUCUUUCUACAAGUAGCAACGUUACCGAGCGACAGAGGGAGAGGUCAACCAAUCGUAAGGCAAGUGAGCUCAAAAAACCAACUGCCAACAAGUUGAUUACAGAGUUUUUCCCUGGUCAGGCUACUGAUGGCACGAAGAUCCAGAAGCCCCCUAAAGAACCUGUCACAGAAAAGAGUGCAGCAGAUUCGGGAUGUAGACGUGCUGCUGUGAGAAGAAACGGCAACAACGGAAAAUCUAAAGUCGUUCCACAAUGGAAUUGCGUUCCAGGGACACCUUUUCGAGUGGACGCAUUCAAGUACCUCACACGCGAUUGUUGCCAUUGGUUUCUUACACACUUUCAUCUUGAUCAUUAUCAAGGUCUGACGAAGUCAUUUAGCCAUGGGAAGAUAUACUGUUCCUUAAUCACCGCAAAGCUGGUAAAUAUGAAGAUUGGGAUCCCUUGGGAUAAACUGCAAGUCUUGUACCUUGGCCAAAAGGUUAGUAUUUCGGGCGUUGAUGUGACUUGCUUUGAUGCAAACCACUGCCCCGGAUCCAUCAUGAUACGCUUUGAACCAGCCAACGGUAAGGCUGUUCUACAUACGGGUGACUUCCGCUAUAGUGAAGAUAUGUUAAACUAUCUUAUUGGUUCUCCUGUUAGCUCUCUUGUCCUUGAUACUACAUACUGUAACCCUCAGUAUGACUUUCCAAAGCAAGAGGCGGUGAUACAGUUUGUGGUUGAGGCUAUUCAAGCAGAAGCCUUUAAUCCAAAGACCCUUUUCUUGAUAGGAAGUUACACCAUCGGAAAGGAGAGGCUGUUCUUGGAAGUUGCACGUGUGCUACGUGAGAAGAUCUACAUCAAUCCUGCAAAGUUAAAACUCCUUGAGUGCUUGGGUUUCUCUAAGGAAGAUAUGCAGUGGUUUACAGUGAAGGAGGAGGAGAGCCACAUUCAUGUUGUGCCCUUGUGGACGCUUGCCAGUUUCAAACGGCUGAAACAUAUUGCUACCCGAUACACAAGCCGAUACAGCCUAAUCGUUGCAUUCUCUCCAACUGGCUGGACAUCUGGUAAGUCCAAGAAGAAGUCUCCAGGAAGAAGGUUACAACAGGGUACUAUAAUAAGGUACGAGGUUCCUUACAGUGAACAUAGCAGCUUCACAGAGCUGAAAGAGUUUGUGCAAAAAGUGUCCCCUGAAGUGAUCAUACCGAGUGUUAACAACGAUGGACCUGACUCUGCAGCUGCAAUGGUGUCUAUGUUGCUUACUUAAGAUCUCUAUGUUUUAGCAUGCAUAGGCCAUCAUUGGCUACUCAAGUGUGUAACAAAAGGCAUGCCUCGAGGGCUACCGAUUUAGCAGAGUGUAUCAAAGAUCGUUAAAAGAAGUAGAUAAUUAUCAUGUUCUAAUAGUUAUAAUGUAGCAAUAUGUAACCCCCACGUGACUGACUAUGUAUUGUGUUUUUCACAAAAACUCAAACGAGUUGUUAUCAUGAAAUGUUUUUCUCCUA